CACUAUUAUUAGUUGACUAUUUUAGGCUUACCAAAGCAUAAAUAGGCCAACAGCCCCUUCCGUGUGACUCAUGACCUCCUCCAUGCAUGCAACCUUGCUACUUGUGGUGUGAUGGAGUCUGCACCCGCCUCUACAGCAAUGCAAUUUAUGACACUUAAUCCAGUGACACUGACAUCACACUGGCAGUCCAAGAUUGCAGCAUCCUAACAUUCAAUGACCAGCAUGAUCUAUUAUUGUCAUCCAUGGUAAUCAUCACUCGCAAUGCAACUUUGCUGAUUUGGGCCAAUGAUAUGGGAGUCCUGUAGGUUGGGAGGUCAAUCACAUCAACAGAAGAGAUCGUUUUGGCUCACUUCCUCUGAGCUCUCAAAACUGUUAGCUGUGCACUUCAUCCCGCCCAUCCACCAGUCGACUUCUCGUCUCAAGCUCUCUAUAAAUUGCACCGUGUGUUAGCCCCAUGGAACCAACCAUCUCUCGUCUUCUUUCUCGAGUUUCUAAUCAGAUGUCUCAGCUGUCGAACAUGAUUCCAGAGCCGAGAGAGAAGUUUGAACUCUGUGUGGAGCAAGGGGAACCGACGCUUGUUCCGCCGGCGGAAGAGACGGCGAAGGGCCUCUACUUCCUCUCCAACCUCGACCAGAACAUUGCGGUCAUAGUUCGGACCGUAUACUGCUUCAGGUCGCAGGAGAAGCGGAACGAGGAAGCUGUGCAAGUGAUCAAGGCGGCUCUGGCGAAGGUCCUCGUUCACUACUACCCGCUCGCCGGGCGGCUGGCGAUCAGCGACGAGGGGAAGCUCAUCGUCGAUUGCACCGGAGAAGGGGCGGUGUUCGUGGAGGCUGAAGCAGAUUGCGAGAUGGAGGACGUUGGCGACAUCACGAAGCCUAACCCCGACACUCUCGGCAAGCUCGUCUACACCAUUCUCGGUGCCAAUAACUUGCUGGAGAUGCCGCCAUUGGUCGUUCAGGUCACUACGUUCAGGAGCGGGGGAUUCAUCCUUGGGCUAGCCGUCAACCACUGCAUGUUCGAUGGGCUGGGCGCGAUGGAGUUCGUCAACUCCUGGGGCGAAACGGCACGAGGCCUGCCGAUAUCGGUGCCGCCGUUCGUCGACCGCACCGUUCUCGAGUCUCGAAAUCCUCCUCUCGUCAGUUUCCCCCACCACGAGUUCGCCGAGAUCGAAGACGUCUCCGACUCCACGGCACUGUACGGUGAAGAGAUGGCGUACAGGUCCUUCUGCUUCGAGCCUGAGAAGCUCGGACGCGUGAAGAGGAGAGCUCUGGAAGACGGAGCUCUCGCCAAGUGCACGACCUUCGAGGCGCUCUCCGGCCACGUGUGGAGAGCCCGGACGGAGGCCCUGAGGCUGCAGCCGGGGCAAAAGACGAAGCUCCUGUUCGCGGUCGACGGGCGGUCCCGAUUCGAUACCCCGCUGCCGCAGGGCUACUUCGGCAACGGCACCAUGCUCACCGGCUGCCUGAGCACGGCAGGGGAGCUUCUGGGCCGCCCGCUCUCGUUCGCCGUCGGACUGGUGCAAGACGCAGUCAAGACGGUGACUGAUGAAUACAUGAGAUCGGCGAUGGACUACUUCGAAGCCACGAGGGCGAGGCCUUCGUUGACGGCCACUCUUCUGAUCACAACCUGGUCUCGGCUGUCCUUCCACACCACGGACUUCGGGUGGGGGGAGCCAGUGCAGUCCGGGCCUGUGACUCUACCUGAGAAGGAGGUGAUCCUGUUCCUGUCCCAUGGGAAGGAGAGGAAGAGGAAGGGCAUCAACGUGCUUCUCGGGCUCCCAAGCUCAGCAAUGGCACGAUUGCAAGAUCUGAUGGAGAUAUAA